CGCUGGUCUGCGAGGGGACUGCACACAGCUGGCGCACGAGUGGACGGCAAAGAUCCCUCCUUGGAGCCUCGGUGAGGAAAACACCGUCAUUCCUGCACAGCUGGCCUGCUGUCCCGGGAGGAGACAGCUCAGCGGCGUCUCCAGCGGCCUGGACAUGGAAAGUGUGGACUGGCUGGGGUUCCUCCUUGUCACGCUGGACUGCAAUGUGACCAUGCUGGGGAAGGUCUGGCUCCUGCUCACCGUGCUGCUGAGGCUGGCGGUGCUCGCCCUGGCGGCGCUCCCCGUCUACCAGGACGAGCAGGAGCGGUUCGUCUGCAACACUCUGCAGCCGGGUUGUGCCAACGUCUGCUACGACGCCUUCUCGCCCGUGUCCCCCGUGCGCUUCUGGGUGCUGCACAGCGCCGCCGUGCUCCUGCCCUACGCCGCCUUCACUGUCCACGUGCUGCACAGGGCGGCCCGGCUGGCUGCCCACCGGCUCUGCGGGGAACGCCGCCCCCAGCGCCUGCCCGACUUCUCCUGGAGCUACACUGUGCACCUGUGUCUCCGGACCCUGCUGGAGGCGGCCUUUGGGGCCUCCCACUACCUCCUCUUUGGGUUCCUGGUCCCGGCGAGGUUCUCCUGCAGCCACGCCCCCUGCCCCGGCGUGGUGGACUGCUACGUGUCCCGGCCCACGGAGAAGUCCCUGGUGACGCUGUUCAUGUGGGCGGUCGGUGCGUUGUCCCUCAUCCUUGGGGUCCUUGACUUGAUCUUUAGCCUGCGGGCCCGGACCAGGCCAGCAGCCAAGGGCCCCUCCGUCAUGGAGCAGUAUGGCCAUGCUGGGAGCCCAGAGGAUGUGGAUGGUGGGUGGCAGGGAGAGGGGGUGCCCACGCGCCCUGUCCUGUGGCCCCGAGGCGAGGGUGCCGCCAGCCCCAGUGGCACAUUCCGUGGGUCCGGGCGCUUGGAGCUUCCAGAUGAAGAUGGGAGUGAGGGGAUGGCCUCAAUCAGUGACCAGCUGGCCGGGGCGUGCAGAGAGCCAGUGGGCAGCCCUCUCAGGGAGGCCCCCAUGGACCCCAGUGGCUCAGGCCCCACUGGGGUGGUGGAGCAGCCCUCCCCGGGGCCUCGGGGCCGCCUGGCCGCACACCGCUCCUGCAGUCGGCUCCAGCCGCCUGCCCGGCCAGCCAGCUCAAGCAGUGCCCCCCACCUGAGAGCCAAAAGGUCCGAGUGGGUGUGA